UUUUCAGAGAUGGCCGACGAGAACCACGUCCGUCUAAGCGAGGUUCAACUGAUUCAGUCGGAAUUCGGACAUUCUCUCGAGGAAUGCUACAAGCUUGCCGUUCAAUAUUAUAAAAAAGAACACGUCGGGAAACAGGAGCCUGUUGGAUAUGAAGAUCGCAUUAAAUUGCUCUCGUUGAGCAAACAAGUCCAACAUGGAGAGAUUUCCGAUGAAUUUGACAACGCUGGAUGGCUAGAUAUCACUGGAAACGAUGUGAACAAAGCUUGGCGUGAGCUGGGCUCGUUGUCCCGCGACGAAGCGAUGGCCUCGUUCGUCUUCCUCGUCGAUCGUGUGUGUCCGCCGUUCAAGGGAUUCAUUGCCGAUAAGAAGGCUAUAAAAGACGCGGAACUGAAAGAAUUCGCGCCACAGGUCACUGAACAAAGCGCCCAGCCACCGUCUCUUCAACAAGUUGAUCAGAGACUUUUCGAGGAUCAGCGGAAGCAAAUCCAAGAAGCACUCAACGCACAGACCUUCCAUCAAUUCUCAGCCUACGCUCAGGAGCAAUUCCCAGGACAACCGGAACAACAGACGACACUUAUUCGACAGCUCCAAGAGCAACACUAUCAACAAUACAUGUCUCAGGUCUAUGCUCAACAAUCGACUACGCCGAACGGUGCAGAAAUGAAUCCAGAGGAGUCGCAUCAACAUCAGAUUCGUCGUGAUGAUGAUUCGGAUGUUUCGGAUGAUGAAGCUGGGGAGGAUUUGCCUUUGUCUUCAAUUCACGCAAAUAUGGGCCUCUUCUGUCACUCCAACCCUGCAAUUUCGCCCGCCUCACUCUGGAAUCGGCAGGAUAUUAAUGAGUUCAAGGCGAAUAUCAAGAAAGACGGACACGAGGGAAUUAUUAAAGUUGGACACGGCGAGACGGUGACGGUCCGGGUCCCAACUCACGAAAAUGGUUCAUGUCUAUUCUGGGAAUUCGCGACGGAUCACUACGAUAUUGGUUUCGGUGUCUACUUUGAAUGGACCGUAGCCGACAGUAAUCAAGUUUCGGUGCACGUUAGUGAAUCCGAUGAUGAGGAGGAUUAUGAUGAAGCACUUGAAGCGGAGCAGGCGGAAGCUGGAGGUGGUGGUGGAGGAGCCGCUGGACAGGGUGGACCAGGAGAUGUGGAAGCUGGAGCCAUGCAGACAAGACGUGUUGAUCCGAACAAGCCGCGGCAGGAUGAAAUAAUUCCGGUGUAUCGUCGAGAUUGUCACGAAGAAGUGUAUGCGGGAAGUCAUCGUUAUCCGGGUCGCGGAAUUUAUCUGCUCAAAUUCGACAAUUCGUAUUCUUUGUGGCGUUCGAAGACGCUCUACUAUCGUGUCUACUACAGUAAAUAAGUUCUUAAAAAUAAUUGCUGCAAAAGCCGCUAAUUUAUUUUUUCUUUCUAAAUAAUUGAUUUAUUGCAUCCUCACCAUCAUUUCCAGAUGAAAACAUCUCGUUUGACUUUAAAAAAUGUAGAUUUCUCUUUUUUUUGUAUUUUUCUUACCAUAUCGUCGGUUUUACAUUCUUCUUUGGGAAUCCGGACUUAUACUCGAUGUCUCUCUCCUUGAACGCCUCUUCUUUCCCCGUCUUUAAUUCAUUUUUUUUUUGUUUGAUACAAUAACGCAAUAUUCCAGAGAAAUAACUAUUUUAUAAUGUAUUUCAUGCGAAAUAAAUGAUGAAUAACUGGA